UAAGCCACUUUUGAGGAAAAUUACUGUUAAGCGUGUUUUUUUUUAAAGUUUAAAAACGAACGAUUUCUCUUGGCGUUUUGUGAUCAAAUGUAUUGAACACCUGCUUAAAAUGAGCCAGCUGCCGCGUAAUCGCUGCUUCCUCCCCCCAGAGCGACGCGUUAAAGGCAAGGAAGGAGCUCAAGAGCACUCCGCCAGCAUUUCCAAAGCUUUGUGCAGGUUUCCAGGAGCGAGGCGCGUCAUGGACGUGGGAUUUCGAGGCUGGGGUGGAGGAGAGCUGCAGGCGCGGACCCUUGCUUGAACCGGCCCAGGAAGUGAAAGACCUGCAGCUGCAAGAUUGGCUGGCUUUCGUGCAAACACAAUCCAGCCCCGCAUCACGAUGGGGAAUACGACCAACCGUUCCUCAGCAGGUUCUCCUUUUGAUUUCUUCCAAACCCACCUGAUGCCCUCCGAGGCAGACCUAACAUCCAUGACUAUAGCCUCCAAAUCCUCCUCUCGCAGGCUCCAAACUCCCUCGCUCGAAAUAGCCACGCACGACUCUUGUGGCACCACCUACGCAAUAACGGACUGGGUGCAGGGGCUUUCCCCUCCCUCCGAAUGGGCCAUCUUGAGCAUCGACCGCAGCAUCAAGUCCCCGAACCUGAGCGGCGAGGUGGCCGGCCACGACGAGGCCCCGGCGGUCAGCCUCCGCAGCCUGACGUCACUGAAUUCGUCCCGGGUGUGGCCUUUGGAGGAGAGCUGGCAGGAGAGCGACAGCGGGCUGGAGCCCCAGGUUGCGGCCGAGAGUUCCGGGGAGAAACUGAGUCAGGCCCUGCUCUGCCUGAUGGAUCGGCAUUCUACCUUGAUGGGCCUCACCCUGGACACGGAUACCACUGUGGAAGCUGUAGAGCUGGUCAAACAGUUGAUAACGGAAAGGGACAAACUGGCCGAGGAGGUGAACAGCCUGCGAGAGACUCAAAACAAUGAGAAGUCUGAUUGGCAGCAGUUCCAGUGCGACCUGCAGGUGGCGGUGUCCGUGGCCGACCGGAUACGGGCGGAAUCGGAGCAUGCCCUGAGCCGGCUCCAGGAGGACCACAAGAAUCUGCAAGAGCAGCUGGCCCAGGCCCUUGGAAGGGAGCUGGAGCUGGAGCGGGAGCUGGAAUAUCUGCAAUCCCAACAUAGGGAAGUGUGCCUGAGAUUGGAUUUGCUCAAAAAGCAGCAGCAGCCGAUGGACAGAAAAGUCGCGGAAGACAAAAGCCACCAAGUGGAGGGGCAUGCGACGAAUCUUCACUUUGUUGAGGAAGCUGACUUGAAAAGUGUCCAAAAACAGGAGGAGCACGAAGGUCAUGAAACAAUGGAUGCUAAAAGAUCUGCAAGCUCGCAGCUGACGGGGAACGGUAUAGUCAAGGUAUACGUGGAUGCACUGGAGAAGAAAAAAGGAGAGCGUGAUCCAAGGAGGAGUCUGUCCCGUAUUCCGUUGCCCGUUGACUCUUGUCACAACAACUUGAUUAAAACGAGGUCGACAUCGCCAUUGUGCAAGCAAAAAGAAGAGCCAACACAGGGGAGGAAGAUUGCGCACAUCGUCAAGCGCCAUGACAGCUGGUCAAGCUGUCAGACGGUGAUAUUGGAGACGUCUGGAGACUUCGAGACUUCUUCCAGAGUAAAUGUUCACCAAUCUGCGUCCGGACUGGAAAUGGAAGAUGUCUGCACAAAGUCACCUUUGGGAAAACUGGAGGAAGUCCCUUGCGAUAUCAAAACCCUGACUGGAUUGUGCCCCCAGCUACGGCGUCACAGCUUCAAAAGGAACUCCCUGCUGAGCUGGUGUCAAAGUCGCACUCGAGGCUACCAGCAUAUUGAAAUCACCAACUUCAGCACGUGUUGGCAGGACGGUUUGGCCUUCUGCGCCAUGUAUCAUACGUACCUGCCUACCCGCAUCCCUUACGACAGGCUCAACCCAGCAGAGAAGAAGGAAAAUUUGGAUCUUGCUUUCAAGACUGGAGAGUCUGUCGGGAUCACAACAACUCUGUCCGUGGAAGACAUGCUGAAGGAGGAUGGUCCGGAAUGGAAGAAAGUCCUGUAUUACGUGGAAAGCAUAUUUCAUCGCUUUGUGGAAUGUGAGGUAGCAGCCGCCCAAGGCUGUGACCACGCAUCUGCGAUAUGACCCCAAUGUAUCGUUUGAUGGAGCUGCACUCCUCUUGCACAUCAUGCUUCAUGGUUCCCCAGUAUCAGAAGUUUCACCCCCACCAAUGAUGUCGCUCACACUGGGUAAAAUAAGCAGCCCGUUUGUUGCACUGACUGUAUUCCACGUGGCUUUUUUUUUUUUUUUUUUUUUUUUUUGGGGCAGGGGGGGUUCUUGAAGCACUAUGUUGCACUAAUUUUUUUUUUUUUUAAGAAAAUGAGCACUUUUUGAAGGACUAUUUUUGGAAUGUGGGCACUUAAGUGUUUAUUUUAUUCGAUAAGCGUCAUCUGUAAUGAUUGUCACAUUCACUGCCUGCACGCAACCAAACUCGAAGACAAAUUUUAUGUUCAAGUGUUUUGCAUGAGGAAUAUUUUAGGAAAGUGCAUUUGUUUUUUUCCUGGUGUAAAGUUAAAUAAAGGUAUAUUUGAACAUU